CAGUACGUAGUGACGUAUUUACUCUGCGACCGGGCGUUUAUGCGACGCUUGAGGCGACGCAGCAAUGGCGAGCGGUAAAAAGAGUGCCCUGCUUUCCUCUUUAGCAGACUAUGGAGACGAUUCAGAGCCCGACUCCGACCCCGAAUCAGAAGAAACAGAGGGCCGUGUUAGUGGCCUGGUGUACAGCUAUGGGGAUGAUGACCUGAACCGAACUGAGGCAGAAGUGAAGGUGUCUGGAGAUGAAGACAGCAGAGAGAGCCUCUCGGUAAUGGACGACUCGGACGAGAGGAGGGACACAGAUGAUGUCGAGAUCCCAGAAAUAGAAAGAAAGGACCCCAAUGAGCUAGUGGCUCUAUUCUCCGAGAAGGUGAGGAACAUGUCGCCCGAUGAGAUCAGGAUCCCCCCCGAGCCCCCUGGACGCUGCUCGAGCCAACUGCAGGACAAGAUCAACAAGCUGUACGAGAGGAAGCUCCAUGGAGAUUUUGACACAAACAGCCACAUCCAGAAAAAGAAGGAAUUUAGAAACCCAAGCAUUUACGAGAAGCUCAUUCAGUUCUGCAGUAUAGAUGAACUGGGAACAAACUACCCGAAAGAUAUGUUCGAUCCUCACGGCUGGUCAGAGGACUCUUAUUAUGAAGCUCUAGCCAAAGCCCAGAAAGUGGAGAUGGACAAACUGGAGAAAGCCAAGAAGGAGCGGACCAAGAUUGAGUUUGUCACAGGGACUAAGAAGGGCACCAAUCCCUCCAGCACAGCAGCCUCCACCACCAGCAACACCGCCACCACCACGGCCACAGCAGAGGCCCAGAAGAGGAAAAGCAAGUGGGACUCUGCAAUCCCUGUGACCCUGGGCCAGCCCGCCCUCAUCACAACCACGGCGACCCUGCCUGCUGUCGUCUCUGUGACGACCACCGCCAGCGGCACCAAGACCACUGUCAUCUCUGCGGUGGGCACUAUCCUUAAGAAGGCAAAGCAGUGAUCUGUCUGUAAUAGUGUUGGAAGCAAUGACCUCACACGAGGCUGGAGGACCUGUGUUGUCCUGUGCUCAUUAUAUAUGUCAAAGGAAGCAGAGAGAGCACAAAUGAGCUAGUGGACUCCAACGUACAAACCCCCCCCCGCUACACAUGGACUGAUCUAGAGACUCUUCACUGCUAUCUAUCUCUGGGAUUGUAUCUGCACUAUUGCCUCAUGAAGCCAAGUUUGCAAUUUGGUGAAAAUACUUGUAGAUCCUCUGAAAACCUGAACGUUUGGUGCAUGCGUUUUAUUUUACAUUUGUUGGCUACAGUUCCAAGUUUGUUGAAAAGAACAUUUUUUGAAUAAUGAAAAGGUUCCCAAAUAGACCUGGUAGAAAUGACCUGAAAACGUGUUUAUUUUUCUAUCCAAAGUUGUGGUUCAGUAUUUCCAUACAUCCUGCAGCAGUUAUGUGUUCUAGUUAGACAUGUGCAUCAUCUUUUUUCAUCUUUCUUUUCCCAUCAUUGGCAAAUUGAUCGACUAUAAGGUAAGAUAUUUUUUACACUGUACAUAUGUAUUGAUGAUAAGGUGAAUAAAUGGAUCGGAUGUUGUCUUUUCA